AUGUUGCCCAGGGGAGCCUCGUCCAUGCCGCCGCCUCCCAACCCCGCUCCCUACUGCCCGCCUCCGCGGGUCACGCUGCCCUCCGGCCUGGAGAUCCUGCGCACCUUCUCGGGAGCCGUCAUCUUCCUGGAGAUCCUGUUUGGAACAAUAGUCUGGAUUUUGGUCGCCUCUACUGGAGUUCCACUGCCACUGCUGCAGGGAUGGGUAAUGUUUGUGGCAGUGACAGCGUGGUUCCUCUCCAUUGUCUUCCUCUCUGUGUUCCUCUUUGGUUAUGCAAAUAGAAUUACUGUCAACUGGAACCAGGCGGAUUUUGUUUUCCAUGGGGCUACUUUUGUCUUUUAUUUUGGAGCAUUUCUACUGCAAGCAGCAACUACAUCCCUGCAUCACUUUCCCCGCAAAUUCAACUCCACCACACAAGAGAGGAUUCUAAGUGGUCGUGAAUAUAACAUAAGCAUAGCAGCCUCGAUUUUUGCCUUUGCGACAGCUAUUUGUUAUGGUUGCAGCACAGCCCUGGCAUUAAGGAGAUGGAGGCUAAAUAACAGUUGAACAGAGGUUAAUUCUCACGUGUUCCACUUCAGAUCAAAUUAAGUUCUACUUGUCUGUUUUACUGUAAUUUAAUUCUAAAAAGACUUUUUUCUUUCUGCUUAAAAUCUGCUUUAAAUGCAAGUAACCCCAAUCAGGAUUUCUCCAACAGAAGAAAAUAGUUUCCGUCUCUUCCCUUUCUGAUAUUUACUUUUACUGUGUACUCAUUGUAAAGUAUUAGCGAGGUUAGGG